ACCAUCGUCUCUCGUCCAUUUCUCCAGCAUUCGGUAGCCAGAGCCCGGUUCGGUUGGAUCUUUCACUCGGAACGACCAAGAGGAAAAAGGUAGAGCUUUCUCGCGAUAACGUGGAUUAACUCAUCGAGAACAACAUCCCCGGUUGGAAAGGAAGUAAAAGCAAACCGGACGGACGGAAGGAAGUAAACAACAAAAGUGAAAUGUGAAAUCUCGACAGCAUUAAUUUUCGCAACCAUUUCGGAGCGGCAAUGGCAGUGAAAAUUUGGUGUAAAUUCGCAUAAAAAACUAAGGCCGAUUACGCAACUCUACCGGCCACAACAAAUCAGCUGAUAAUUUGUAACCCCCAGCUUGUCGAGAGAGAUCAAGACAAACCCCACACAUCACCUCACAGACUCUCGUAAAAUCGAACGAACCGGCGGAAGAGUGCCAAGGAUUGACAGUAGAGCCACGAGAAUGCGUUCGUUGACCCCGAUGUUGCUGCUGCUCACGGUUGGCAGUUUGUUUCAGCUGGCGCUCGCACAAGAUCUGCCAUACUACAUGCAUCGCUGCAGCCGAGAUGAUCCCGAGGUGAACGAGUGUCUGAGGUAUUCCGCAAACAAACUGGCACGACAUCUAAGAGACGGCGGCAUUCCAGAGAUUGGAAUUGUUGAUGUGGAACCGGUUAUUGUGGAUGAGAUCAGCAUUGCACUCGGCAGCGGUCCCGACGGAUAUCGAGCCACCUUCAAGAACAUCGAAGCCUUCGGAGUCAGCAAUCUGACGGUGGUGAACGUUCGUUCGGAUAUCGACACCUAUCAGUUCCAGAUGACCUUUGAAAUCCCGAAGAUCAAGGCCAGAGCGCAGUACAAAUCCUCCGGAGUGUUGCUGCUACUUCAAGCAUCCGGCUCUGGGGAUUACUGGGGAGAAUAUGACGGUGUCAAAGCUAAGGUGUACUUCAAGACUUCACCCUACCAAGGGAACGACGAACUUACCUAUCUGAACGUGGACCAAGCCAAAAUGGACUUCAGUGUAAAGGAAAUCAAAAUGGGAGUGGAAAACGACUCCAACCAGAAUCCAAUCAUUCAUGCCGCAAUGAACUUGUUCAUCAACUCGAACGCACAAGAGCUACUGAAGGAGAUGAAACCACAGCUGCGGGUAAAACUAACCGAACAUUUGCACUCCUUCAUGCAACAACUUUUCGACAGAAUACCGGUGGAGCACUGGCUGGACUGAGCGACUCUCGGUGGCUCUUAAAAGCGCAGUUGGUUGCCCAUUUUUUUGCUAUCAAACAUGUCAUAUUGGACUAGCGUAGAUACGAUUGUUUGGUAUUCAGGUAUUCCUUAAGUUGAAUCUCAUCUGUUUAUUUAUAGUCGUGAUAUAUUUGGCAUUUAUGUACUCGUCGUUGAACGCGGAAAUACGCGAAGAAGAGAUUGUUUGUCUUAUUAAUUUGCGGUGCAAUCGGUGCACUACUUCAAGUACCAAUUGACGCAAAUAUCUGCGAAUUUUACAGGAUAAUAAGAGAAGAAAUAUAACUAUUGA